CCUAAACUGCAACGCAAAUAAUGCACUUACAGCGUGUCCCUGCACUUGACCUCGCGGUGUACUUUGGCAAAUUUGCAAAAGUCCUUCUCUGCCCGCCUGCAACAGUUAAUGGUUUCCUAUCGAACGCGAUGGUACUACCUAAGCUUCGUGAUCCUUACAGCGUGAUGCCGCUACUGUUGCGCCUGCAACGGUUCGUGGGGCUGUGGGGUGACCGGCAGUAUCGGUACAAGUUCCGGCUAGCCUUUGCCAGUUUCUGUGUUCUGGUCGUUAUUCCUAAGCUAGCGUUUGGCUAUCCUGAUUUCGAUACCACCAUCCGGGGUACAGCCGAACUGAUCUUUGAGUGGAACGUCCUGUUUGGGAUGUUGCUGUUCUCCUUCAAGCUGGACGUGUACGAUGAGAUGGUUCAUCAAUUCAUCGAGUUAGCUGAGCUAGUGUUUAGUGGACAGGUCCGCCCGGAACUUGGAAGUUAUCUGAUGCAUAUCAACCACCGGAUUGAUAAGUUUUCAAAGAUCUACUGCUGCAGCCAUUUCUGUUUGGCAACCUUCUACUGGGUCGCACCACUCUCAAGCACCUACUCGGCGUAUCUGACUCCCCACAACGAGUCGAUCCCGGUGGAGCAUGUGCUACAUCUGGAGGAGGAGCUGUACUGGCUGAAGAAUCGAGUUUCGCUAACCGAUUACUCCAUCUUUACUGUCAUCAUGCUGCCCACCAUUUUCAUGCUAGCGUUCUUCGGUGGUUUAAAGCUGCUGACCAUCUUUAGCAACGUGAAGUACUGUUCAGCCAUGCUACGCCUCGUAGCGAUGCGUAUUCAGCUAAUGGAUCAGCUCGAGGAGCACCAUGUGGAGCGUGAGUUGAUUGAGAUCAUCAAGAUGCACCAGAAGGCACUGAGAUGCGUUGAGCUACUGGAAAUGAGUUUUCGAUGGGUGUUCCUCGGUCAAUUCAUUCAAUGCGUCAUGAUAUGGUGCAGCUUGGUGCUGUAUGUUACAGUUACGGGUAUUAGUACUAAGGCGGCCAAUGUGGGCAUUCUCUUUAUCCUACUCACUGUGGAAACAUAUGGAUUUUGUUACUUUGGAACGGACCUUACAUCAGAGAGCCUCAGUGUAGCACGUGCAGUCACGGACAGCUUAUGGUACCGACGAUCGGUUUCAGUGCAAAGGAAGCUUCGCAUGGUACUGCAGCGAGCCCAAAAACCGCUGGGGAUUUCUGCUGGAAAGUUUUGCUUCGUCGAUGUUGAGCAGUUCGGUAAUAUGGCAAAAACGUCCUACUCAUUCUACAUCGUGCUGAAGGAUCAGUUUUAAAGCCUGGACGCGAGUUGUUGGUAGUC